ACGGGCUGCACAGCUGAAGACGCGGCUCUGGACAGGCUGGUUUGCUGCCAUGAUCCCUAGGCUACUCCCACUGCUCUGUCUCAGGCUGUGCGCUGGCCAAGGAAGCAGGGGGACUGACGAGCCCCUUCCCAAGCCCACCCUCAGGGCCUGGCCCAGUUGGGUGGCGCCUCCCAGAAGCAGUGUAAGGCUGCGAUGUCAAACUCCGACCAAGGAUGUCGACUUUGUUCUCAAAAAGGGUAAUGUUGUUUUGGACUUUUCACGAUCACCGGCUUCCAAGGAGGGCCUGGCUGAAUUUCACCUCACUGACCUAAGAAGCAGCCACGCUGGAGACUACACCUGUGAGUGCUACAGACCAGGGGCCCCGGACAUAAGAUCACCGCCCAGUGAGGUCAUCCUGCUGCUGGUGACAGGAGGUCUCCCUAAACCUUCCCUGCAAGCCCACCAAAGGGGUGUGGUGACCGCAGGAGACGACGUGACCCUGCAGUGCCAGAGGCCAGACAAUAUUUUCGGGCCCAUGAGGUUCGCCCUGCUGAAGGCGGGAGCGGCAGAGCCCAUCCGGCUCCGGACCCCAGCCGGCAAGGAGGCGGACUUCUCCCUGCAGACCGUGACAGUCGGUGACGCCGGGAACUACAGCUGUGUCUACUUCCAGACCGGGACUCCUUUCUGGGCCUCACAGCCUAGCGAUCGUCUUGAGAUCCGGGUGAGAGUCCCCCCAGGUGCCAUAUCGAGGGACUACACCACGGGCAACCUCAUCCGCCUGGGUCUGGCUGCCCUAGUUGUGGUUAUUAUGGGCGCUCUCCUGCUGGAAGCCUGGUGCAGCCAGAAGGAGUCUCCACGUGGAUCCACGUAGAACAACUGAGCACUUGUCUUGUUCAUGGGCUGGUAUACUGACACGGGGUUCUCUGAACACCAAACUCCACCAUGGGGACAUGCUGUGUUUCUCACCAUGGGCACAAUUGAUACUUUGGGUGGGAUAUUUCUUCAGCACGUGGGACUGUCCUGUUCCUUGUGGGAACAUUCAGCACCAUUUCUUUUUCCCAUUAAAGAGCAGCUGAAGCCCCAGUCAUUGUGGGACAAGAUAAUGAGUGCUAUCAGGACCUUUCCCAACAUUCCUAGAUACGGAGGAUGGGUAGUGGGGUGGUGGUCCCCUGGUGGAGAACCUGUGUUAGGAGGCCAGGGAAAUAAUAUUCUUCCUCUUCCUUCCUCCCCUGUCCUUAGGUCUGUAUUACCCACAUGCCCCAGGGCUUCCCAGGGAAUGACGAGUGCAGAUGGAGAGACCUGCCGAUCCUUAACAGUCCUGUGGAACCUACAUUCUUAGCUCUAUGAAGAACUACUCAAGGACGAGGCUUACCUCUUGCCAUAGCUUUGCCUGGGGCAGAGCACAGAAUGGAUCUUAAAGACACACUCAAAAAAUUUGGAUGAUUUGAAAAAAAUACUUAAAACUUCAGAGUCUGGCUGGGUAGCACGUGCAGUUACCUCCAUAGGAACUGUGAUGCCAUUGAUAUUUAGGGAAAACACUGCUUCCGGCAUAUUAUCGAUCCCCCUCCAUUCUCUAUUUUGUACUUCAGGACCAGCAAUUAGUCAAGUGUGAAACUUUCUUUAUCCUAUGUGUCUUUUCAAUUUUAUUUCAUAGAUUCUCCACAUUUUGCCUAAUUUUGGGAGGCUCCCUCUCAACUUCAUAGCAUCAAGUUGCUUCUGAGUUGUACCCAGGAUUUCUUCAUCGUCUGGUGCAGGUGUAAAAAGGUUAUCCACAAUAUUUUCACCUUCACGAUCUGUUGCUGUUUGUUCAUAAUCCUGUUCUCUGUCACAAAUACUCAUUCUUAUUUUAGAA